AUGCGUGAUUCGAUCGCGUCGGCCCUGACGCGUUACGAAGGCGCCGUCGAGAGGGCAGUAGGCGCUAGGGUAUCGAUGACUCGGCCUCUUAAGCCGCGCUACCAGUGGCGCUUUAUGGAGAGCGUCCUGUUCGCUUGCACUGUCAUUACCACCAUUGGAUACGGUAACAUGGCUCCAGUCACUCCAGAGGGGCGUUUGUUUUGUAUAUUGUACGGCUUCAUCGGCAUCCCCUUGACGCUGUCCGUCAUAGCAGCGCUCGGGAAUCUUUUCGCCAACGCCGUGUCGGUUACAGGCGCACGGGGCAAGGCUUGUCUCAGCGCCUGGGGGCUCUGGAAGAAAAAGAAGACCGUGUCACGAGGAACCAUGGUUUUUGGAGCAGUCUUUGCCUAUUUACUUUACACGGCAAUUGGAGGAGCAAUCUUCACACUCUGGGAAGAGUGGAGCUUCUUUGAAGCUUUCUAUUUUUGCUUCAUCACCAUGACCACAAUAGGACUUGGUGACGUUGUGCCAGAGCGCACAGAAUACAUCCUGGUAUGCACGGUGUAUAUCUUGGUUGGUCUCGCCCUUACCUCUACCAUCAUCGAGCUUGUGAGGAGGCAAUACGCAGAGAGCUGGCAGCACAUGAAGGCCUUGGCUGGUAGACGGAGGAUGAAGAAGGCUGGUGGACGGCAGUUGGUGGAGGAUGGUGGAUGGCUGACGAUAAAGGCUGGUGGACGGUGGACGACGAAGGCUGGUGGACGGUGGAUGAAGAAGGCUGGUGGAAUGUGGAUGGCUGACGAUAAAGGCUGGUGGGCGGUGGACGACGAAGGCUGGUAG